AUACAUUUUGGGGAGUUCUACUGUAAUGAGAUCAUUAUAGAAGUUAGCUUUGUAUCGUAAUAAUGGCUGGUCAAAUUCAAAUUGCUUUUCUUCUCGCGGUGAUAGCCGUGACGUACGCUGAUAUACCUUCGUUUUCUUCAGUCGAAGGAAAAUGGGUAAAUAUUGAUAAAGCAGUUGAUGAAUUAUUACCGUUCAUUCGUAAAUUUAUUUUGAACAAUGGAUUGGAUCCUACACCACUCGUCGACUUUUCCGAAUAUAUUUUUCCAAAAUUGCCUGGAAAAAGUAAAGGGAACAUUGAUUUCAAGAACGGAUGGUUGCAAAACUUAUCAAGAUUAAAACGAAGCAACAAUGUUCAUGCAAUUUACAAAAAUAAACGUUUGACCUUAGAUAUGAAUGUAGGAUUUGACGUUUUAGACUUUAAUUAUGAAUAUUCUCUGCAACACUUGUUAUAUAAGAGGCAAGGUGACGUGUACGGUCGUUUUUACGACCUUGACGUUAACGUCAACAUCGAACUUGACUUAGAGAAUUACUAUAUAAAUCUCAAUUCUCUCAAUUUUUCAGCGAUCAGGAAAUUUGACAUUAAAUUUGAGGGAAAUCUUUUGGAUCGCAUUGUAAAUGCUCUGACUAAAAUGGUCACAAAGGUUUUCCGAAAAUGUGUAUUGGUUGGCAUUGAAGAUCGCGCUAUGCUUAUUCUCGGUGUUAAAAUAGCCGAAUGGAACGAACAGUUACCGCGACCAGAUCGCAUAAAGCUCAUAGAAGAGUGGCUCAAAAGUGCCGAAUAACAAUCCCGUCAAUCUUUGUGGCUUUAUUGAAUAUUUACUCGUUUCUCUAAAAUGAAAAAAUGACAACGAAUUAAACUCGAAUAAGUUUUAUUUGUUGUUAUUUAC